AUGAUUUUAAUGGCCCCUCUGUAUGGCUUUUACCAACACACCAAGAGGCUGCUCCUGGGCAAGAGGACCAGCCAGGUCCAGCUCAGGGAGUUUGCCCGCAAAAAUGUGGCCAAUUCCCUGUCUAUAGCCAACAUGGUGGCAGGAAUGGCCUCAAUCCUCUGUAGCCUGAAUGGCUGCCAGUAUGCUGCCUGCUGGCUGGUUCUGAUUGGUUACCUGCUGGACCUAGCAGACGGAGCAGUAGCUAGGCGACUGGAUGCCUGCUCAGCACUGGGUGCCAAGCUGGAUGACUUUGCAGACUUCACUACCUUUGGGAUUGCAACCUCGCUGCUCUUGACAACCCGUGGCUUGAUGGACAACAUCCUGUGCAUGUGCUACGUCAUGGCUGUGUUCAUACGUCUCUGCUUCUUCUCUACCGGCAUUCCCUUCAUGUACCGGGGGCUGCCCUGCAUCUAUUCCUCUGCCAUCCUGGCCUGUGCCUCCCUGCUGUCCGGGGGCAACAUGCAGGUCCUGCGUAUGACCGCUGUGGCCAUGAUCGUCUUCAUGGUCAACCAGAGCUUCUACCCUCAUGACCGUGUGCUGGAGUCCCAGGCCUGGAAAAAGGUCGUCUACGCUGGAGGAGUUGCCAUGGUGUUCUGCUCCUCGUUCCCUCCAGCCUGUGUGUACUACCUGCUCUGGUCAGUCUCCUACAUCUUAUUUCCCACAGCGCUGUGGAGCUGCAAAGUGUGA